AUGUCGAUUGAGAUUCAAACGACAUCUGCGGUCGAUGACGAUUUUCUGGAGCUGAAAAGUCGUCUUGAGGUUAGUUUAGCAAUAGAAUUGUUUGAAUCUAUUGUAUAAUUAAUUUUAUAUUAUCAUUUCAGAAGAAGAAAUCUCGGUCAGUUCUUAAAGCUGAAUCUCGUGUUUUCGGGUUAAUUCGGACACAAAGUUAUCUUGUCAAAUUUUUGUAGGAUUUGUCAAAUAUCUUAGAAACAGGAAACUUAAUUAACCUGAAGUUGUUCAUCAUAUCAUUUUGUUUCUUUUUUCUUUCAUUUCCUUGCAGCCACUUUUUGAUGCAGAACCUUUAAAGGUAUGCAAAUAACUUAUUUUUAUCUUAUGCUUUAUUCCCCGAAUUAUUUUCAAAAUAAGAUAUUGCAUCUAGAUUACUGCUAUCGCACUAAAGUACCUUAAUAUUAUUAUGUUACCUGUUGUCAUUUCUUUAGUUCAUUCGCAUAAUAUUGACCAAGAACAAAAACUUUUAAAAAAAAUUAAUCUCCCAUUGCAAAUCCAAAUUCUAGAAAACAUGGUAAAAUAUUGUAUGUAGUUCCAUAAAACGCAGCUUUUGACUGACAUUUAGCUAUAAAUUUUAUUCUCUUUAUGGCAGAUAAUUUAAGAAUUGAUUUUAAAAGCGACAUUAGGUUGGAAAUGGACUAAGUCAGAAAUUAUGUUUACAAAUAUGUUUCUUUUGUGCAGUUUACAAUGGACUUUGUAAAUUUGGUAAUAGCUGAAUAUGAAUCACUGUUUGUCACUUCAAUAAAAAACCCAAUGGAAUAGUUUUUCAUGCAGUAAUUAAAAAAUAUUGUUAUAGUAAUUCUGCCUUCAAUUGGCACACCUAAAUAAUGGUCAGAGUAAAAAAUUCACUUUUAAGUUAUAAAAAGAUGGCUGUUUUAAAAGAAAUGGUUGUCUUGCAACCUCGUUCCCAGGGCUUUUACCCUUAGAUCCCACCCCUACCACUUUCCACUGUAACUGUACUCUUAAGAUCUACAUUUACCAUUUUAGGAGGGGUUGCAUGAGUGGGGAGGGGUUAGCCUGUGAGCAAGCUCUCUAGGCGCUCUGGCGGCAUGGUGGGAAAAGGAGGGAGACCUUGCAACUACGUCUCUGGAAUUUGAAUAUCUGCAUCAAAAAAGUCCAUGCGAAAUGUUGAUUAGUGGAGAUGACAUUAGUAAUGACAUCAUUACCCUUGGUACGUGUUUUUCAAUGUUUGUUUACAUUCGCGCUCAUUUCUGCUUUGUGCUGAUUGGUGGAAAUCUGACAGCUCAGUCAAUGGGGAGCCACAGGGGAAUUGGAGGUGGAAUUCAAAUUCCAGAGAGGUAGUUUCAAGCUCUCCUUCCUUUUCCUGACCUCAGAGAGCUUGGUCGCAGGCUUAGUAGGGAGGGGUAAGCAUGCUGGAAAUGGGGCUUAUCAAGAAGGGGAGCUGUAUAGGUUGUGUGGGGGUAUGUAAUUUAACAAAACAUAGUGCUCAUAGCAAAGAGCAGCAAAGAACAUAGAGACACUGCAUGGUACAGUUAAACUCUGUUUUAACAACCCCCACUGAUACUACCCUUUCAUUAUAAUUUAUAGAAAUUAGCUCAGCACUAACUUUAAAAAAUGCAGCCAUGUUCAUUUUUUAAAACCUAGGUUAUUUGCAUGACCCAGUAGGUACUCCAGUUCCUGUUGUGGAUGAUGGAAAUGACUGUCUGACAAAGUGUUUUGAGUGAAAUCAUAUUAUUAAAAUAGUUAUAUACUUCAAUCAAAUGUCAAGCAUUAACCAGUAUAUUAAUAUUGUAGUCUUUUGGUUUAUUAGUCUGACCGUAAAAACUUUGAUAACACAGGAGGUAGUGCUAAGUUUAAUUGAGUGAGGGAAAUGCAUACAAAACAGAUAUAUUAUUUUAUCUAUAGGCUCAGAGUGAUGCCUGCCUGAGGCGCUUUUUAAGGGCUUUUCAGGAUGUUGAUGAGGCAUACAGUGCACUGAUCAAGUACGUUGACUGGAGAGAGGAAUAUGGAGUAAACUGUCUGAGUAGAGGUGAUGAUGACAUUGAAGAACAACUGGCCUUAGGAAAAGCAGAAGUGCUGGACUUUCCAGACCACAGGGGAAGGUCAGAUUUGAACCACAACAUAAAUUUGUGAUAUAUUUUAAGUUCAAAAGUGGGAUUUUUGCAUAAGGAAAAAAACCAAUUCCCAAUAAAAGUAACACAGAUUUUUUUUUAAUAUGCUUACUUAGGCCUGUUGUCCUAGUGACUGUCAGAAAUCAUGAUGCAAGAAGCAGAGAUCUGAAUGUACUCACCAAGUUUAUUAUUUACAUCCUGGUAAGUGCCACACAAGUUAAAGAUAUAAAAAUAAUAAUGGAGAUUCUAUGGUGAACAACUUAACUAUUUGAGUACAUGUUGUUGCUAAACUUAUCACAUACAUUUAAACUUUUAGGAGGAAGCAACUAGAAAGUGUAACGAGGAUGUUAUUGACAACCUUUGCAUUACGUUUGAUUUAAAGGUAUGAGGAUUUAAACUAGGCAUCGUAACUGUGAUGUACUCACAGUAUUUGUCUUUUUUGGAAGUCAGAGAUAAGCAUGUAGAUAACCAAAACAACAGCAUCAUUUUUUAAAUCUAAAGUUAAUAUAAACCUUUUUUAUCUUGUUCUUCGAAAGUACAUUAUUUGGAGUAUAACGCUAAAUUGUUUUGUGUUUCCAGAGAAGGUUCAAUCCUUCAACAAAUACCUGGGGGUGGGGGAGGCAGGGGGUGAACUCCACCAAUCUCACUUCUCUUAGGUCUUUCCCAGGCACCCAAAUGUCAAGUGACCUAUGGAACUGAAUUGGUCCAAUUUUAACCUUGAGUCUUCAUUCCUUCCCAGGGAUUUUCAUUAAGCAACAUGGAUUAUGGUUUUGUGAAGCAGUUAAUUUGGCUGCUCUCCAGAAGAUAUCCAGAGAGACUUGGAAAAUGCCUGAUAGUAAAUUCUCCAUUUAUUUUUACUGGCUGUUGGGCCCUCAUCAGACUGUGGUAAGUUUCAAGAUCACGCUUCAGCCUCUUAUGCAGACAUUCAUUCAGUCUAAAAAGUCAUCUGUGUUGUUUAACCAUGACAAAAGAUAGAUUGAAAUGCACCAAUCACUUUUGGAGUCUUCAUAAACAAUACUGACAGAAGACCUAUAAAGUCAGAACAUAAUUGACCAAUCAGGUCAAUAACCAGAGUGUAAUACUGUCAAGAUACAUGUUUAUAAGCCCUCUUUUCCACUAUUGUACUGGCUAAUUAUAAAAGGCAAAAGAACAACUAAAUAUACCAUCUAUAUGGAAUAAGGUUGACGUAAAUGGGGCUUGAAAAAAGUGCCGUCUAGUUGUCCACGACAGCUAGUGGAGUUUCCUACCAGGCAAGUAACUUUUCCUUCACACUUGCCUGAAGAGCAAACACCCAGGCAGGUCAUCUGCCAACUUAAUUCAUUGUUAAAAAUGGUAAAUUAAGACUUCCCUAGGGCAAGGAAAGUUUCGAGAGCUACGAGCUGCUCGUCCUAAUGGCUGUGUACACACUGGUGACUUUUCAAGAAAUUCUAUUUUUUUGGUUCUAGGUUGCAUGAAGUGACAUCCAGCAAGAUUGUUUUUAUCAAGAGUAAAGACCAUCUGGCAGAGUACAUUCCUCUUAACGUUUUACCAAAUUCUCUUUUCUAAAUAAUUGGCACUUCAUUUAAUAUCCUUUCUCUGCCAUCUGUAGUUUCAAUACAUGAUGCUCAGUUGAACUGAAAUUUAUUGUACAUGUAAAAUUCACAAUAUGAUAAUUAAGCCUGCUAUACAAUAUUAUUGGAAGUAUUCUUAACGCAUACCAACAGGAUCUUAUUGUAUUAAUAGGUUAUACUAUUAAGACAUUGAUAUUUAGUGAUUUCUCUUACACAAGCAUGGUAAAUGAAAUCCAUUAACCUGUGAGUUAACCUGUGUAAACUAUAGUGACAAUUACCUUCUAAGAAGAAAUAGGCAAAUAGCAGUAUUGGAAGUGUUUCAUAAAUUUUGGUUUUAAUAUCAUUAUAAUUUUACGUGUUAAUAAAAUGCAUCUUUCCAGUUUAUUUGCACAAUUUAAAUACAGACAUUAUUUAGUAAAUUUGCAAGGGCUUUAGUUUGAAGUCUGUGGUCUGCCUUUAACAGCAACUGAAGUUACUGGUAAGAAAGCUACAAUAGUAUAUAUUUAAAAAAGGGAGUCUUGUCAGUGUUUAGUGGGAAAUUCUAAUGGAUUUAUGUAAGAAGACAAAAUUUUAAAUAAGCUGCUUUUUCUCCAACCUUUAUGCAUCAUUAUAGAAUCUUAACUGAUUCUUGAAAUCAGCACAUUAACUCUAGUGAAAACAGGUAUUGAUGGACAUUCCAUCGUAAUGAAAUGCAGUUUUACGUCACUCUACUUUUAAAGAAACUUUUUUAUUUAUCAGUUUUUCACUCUAUUUUCAACUAUUAAAAAUGUAGCAGAAUUAAGGGCUGUGCUCAAGUAGUGCCCGGUGACGCCUGGCAGCUAACUUUUGCUCUUGUUCAAUGAGGAAAUCCUUAGCUUUUUCAAAUAAAUCCUAUCCUGGACACCCUGGAUUUCUCAGCUUUAGAGCACACGGCUACUUCAAUUUUUCUUAGAGUACAGCCUUGGAAUUGCUGCACUUAAUCAAUUAGACAUGAAACAUACAAAGUCAACACCGAGUGCACCUUUUAGCCAAUUUCUUAAUAAACGUUUUCAUCUACUUAUUUAAUUAUUUGUUCAUUUAUUUAUCUAUUAGUUGCGAAAAUGUGUGUAUAGUGAACUGUAUACGUAGGU